CGUCCGUUUCGCCGUCUGUCAAAUUUCCUCGCGCGGGUUCCGAAACCAACGGCGGUGAUGCUCCGUCCCUGUGGGCCCCGCCCUCUCCCAGCCCCCGACCCCUCGUGAAGCGCCAACGUCGGCGCACGCGCUUGAUCCUCGGCGGCCCCCCGUUCACGUACCCCUCACGUGCUCCCCGCCUUCGUUCGCCGGCGCCUUUCGCCGCCUCUUUACUUGCCCCACCUGCCGCCGUCAAACCCUAACGCUAUCGACGUCGACUACAUAAUAGUCCAGCGCGCGCGAGAGAGAAGGGAAUCGGGGUUUGGGAUCGGGAAGAUGGAAGGGAGGGAAGCGGCGCCGACGAGGCCACCGAACCUGGCGGUGCUAUACCGAGAGGACUGCUGGAGCGAGGGGGAGACGUCGGCGCUGGUGGACGCCUGGGGCGACCGCUACAUCGAACUCAACCGCGGGAACCUCCGGCAGAAGCACUGGCAGGAGGUCGCCGACGCCGUCAACUCCCGCCGCGGCGCCGGACGCCGCCCGCCCCGCACCGACAUCCAGUGCAAAAACCGCAUCGACACCCUCAAGAAGAAGCACAAGGUCGAGAAGGCCCGGAUCGCCGCCCGCGCCGAGAGCCAGUGGCCCUUCUUCUCCCGCCUCGACGCCCUCGUGGGAUCCUCCCCGGCCCCGGCCCCGGCCGCUCCGAAGAAGCCCUCCGCCUCGCUGUCUCUCGCCCUGCCGCUCCCUUUCCACCGCAAGGGCUCAUCCUUGUCCGCCGCCACCGCCGUGGGCCCGGCGGAGCCGAGGAAGAAGCAGUCUACCGCCGCCGCCACGUCGUUCCCGGUGGAUAGCCCGUUCUUCAGGCGUGCGGCCGCGGCGAAGGACAACGAGGAGGGGUCGGGAUCGCUGUCGAGAUCGUCGUCGAGAUCAGAAACGGGGUGGAAGAGGGGGAGGGAAGGGGAAGGCAACGGGAUCCGGGAACUGGCUAGGGCGAUCGUGAGGUUUGCGGAAAUCUAUGAGAGGGUGGAGGAAGCAAAGCAGAGACAGAUGAUGGAGCUGGAGGAGCAGCGGAUGGACUUUGUUAAGGCGCUGGAGUUACAGAAGAUGGAGAUCAUAGUGGAUUCGCAAGUGCAGCUUGCAAAGAUCAAGCGUUCCAGGCAAUCACAUACUGUCACUAGGAAAUAUUGACAGAGCCCAAAACCUGCUAUUCUAUGGGAGGAAUGAGAAAGAUAGCUAUCUAUAAUUAGAUCAAGGGAGAGAAUUUAUGGUGGUGGUGACCAUACUUUGUGAAUGCUUUGGUUCGUCCCAACUUCCUCUCCAUGAUGCACUUUUAGAGAACCUGUCGACAUAACUUUUAUGCUUGGAGAGUACUUUUAACCCCUUUUCUUUUAUUACUUGGUGUUGUCUUUUAA